UCCUAGCGAAGAAUCUUUAGGAAACAUUGACUCAACUUUGGCCAAUCUUAAUGUUAAAUUAAAGCAAAUUAAUAAAGAAAUAAAGGACAUUACUUAUGAGCAAGCCCGCUUUAACGGAGAAGACGGAGUAAAUGCAAUUGAAGAUGCCCAACUUUUUAUUCAACAACUGUUUUCAAAAAUUAGUGAUAUUAAAACUAAAGCAAUUUUAUCUGAUGAAAUGGUGCAAGAAAUCACGAGAGAUAUAAAGUCUUUAGACUUUGCUAAGCGCAAUCUGACAGCCUCUAUAAAUUCUUUGAAUCGUCUUCAUAUGCUCAUUGCGGGAGUGGAAAGUUUAAAAAAUAUGAGUGAAAAAAGACAAUACCGGGACGCCGCUUAUCUUCUUCAGGCGCUCAACCACAUCAUUCCUGAGUUUGACCGUUUUUCAGAUAUGAAAAAAAUCAAAGAAAUUUAUGAUGAAUUUCGUAAAACUCAAAUUCUUUUAAAGCGGCAGAUAAGAGAAGAGUUUAGUGAUUUUUGCUCAACAAAGCAAACUGUUUUUACUGUUGAAGUAAAAAAGUUAUUACACGAUGCUUGUUUGGUGCUAGAAGCGCUGGGAGAAGAAGUGGUGGCGGACCUUGUUGAUUGGCUAAUACGUUUGGAGUUGAAUGAAUAUAAAAUAAUAUUUUCCCCCAAUUCUGAAGCAUCAGAUUUGAAUAAAGUAAAACGGAGAUACACGUGGUGCAAGAGAGUUGUGUCUAAUUUUGAAGAAUGUUGGGCGGAUGUAUUUCCAGCUUCAUGGAAGCUUAGCAAAAAACUUUUCCUAAUGUUUUGUGCGUGGUGCCGUAAAGAUUUGAGCAAUUUGUUAAAGCAAAAUGAAGAUUCUCUAUCCGUUAAACUUCUUCUUUUACUGAUCGGAGAAACACUAACUUUUGAGAAGCAUUUGGCAACUCGCUUCCCAACUUUUCCAGAAGCUAAAGAAACUGAAUUUGAAGGCAUCAUUUCAAGUUGCUUCGAAGCGUACAUGAAUAUUUACGUUGAAGCUCAAGAAAAAAUACUUUCUACUUUAGUAGAAGAGGCUGUUUCUGAUGCAAAGAAAACCCAAAAGUCUUUUCCUGUAGAAAAAAAUGCUUUAUUAUCAUUGGGCACUGCAAAAAACAAUAUCUACUACAUCGAAUAG